GGCUCUGCCCUAUAAAUAGGCCGCGGCGGGCGGUAGUGUUUCUCUCGGCCGCUGCUGCCGCCAUCUUGUUGGUCGCUGGUGGCCGCCGCCAUCCGCCUCCAUCCGCCGCCAGCGCCGCCGCCGCCGCACCGGGACUAAGCGCGGCGCGAGCGCGCCGCCAUGAGGGCCAAGUGGCGCAAGAAGCGAAUGCGCAGGCUGAAGCGCAAGAGGAGGAAGAUGCGACAGAGGUCCAAGUAGUGCUGCAACCGGACCGGGCCGGGCGUGGAGGAGCUGUCCCAGCGCCGCGGGGCCGUGGUGGAGGCCGGUCCCACCGCACCGGGUCGGCUCUGUACUGUGUAGCGUCGCCAAUAAAGUUGGAGAUGUGUUCGGAAGCGUUUGGUGCUUUGCUCGGGGCCGGGGCCCAGCGCGGUGCCCGCGGAGCGCCGGUUGGGAGGGAGCUGCCCUGGGAUGAGCAGCGGGCUGGGGGAGGGAGGGCUCGGUUCGCGUCUCCGGGAGGUGGGGCGGCAACUACGGCGGCAGCGGACUCGUUCUGUGCCGGUACCGGCGGGCGCCCGUGGCCGUAGAGUAACGCUACGGGGACUGAGCCCCUUGGCGGGCCGCGACUGUGGCGGCGCACACUUAUGACGUCACGGCACCGGAAGAAGCGCUCUAGUGGUGCGCGCGUCACGUUGGGAGGAAGCGCGCAGCUCCUUCCGGGGUACCCCGGAAGUAGCAUAGAGCACUUCCUGCCCGGCGCAGAGCGGCGGCCGGAAGGGACCGCUCAUUGUUGGCACUGGAGAACUCGCGAGGAGGCCGCGAGCGGUGCGCCCGCGGCGGCGAAGAUGCCCGACCGGGACGGCUACAGCAACAGCGGCGGCGAUGAGGCGGGCGCCGACGCCGACGACAUAUGCCGCGAUUUCCUGCGCAACGUCUGCAAGCGGGGCAAGCGCUGCCGCUUCCGGCACCCCGACAUCAGCGAGGUGACCAACCUGGGCGUACGCAAGAACGAGUUCAUCUUCUGCCACGACUUCCAGAACAAGGAGUGCGUGCGCCUCAACUGCCGCUUCAUCCACGGCACCAAGGAGGACGAGGACUGCUACAAGAAGACGGGCGAGCUGCCCCCUCGCCUGCGGCAGAAGGUGGCGGCGGGGCUCGGCCUCUCGCCCGCCGACCUGCCCAACAGCAAGGAGGAGGUGCCCAUCUGCAGGGACUUCUUGAAGGGCGACUGCCAGCGGGGCGCCAAGUGCAAGUUCCAGCACCUGCAGCGGGACUAUGAGUACGAGACGCGGGGCAUGGCCACUCGCGAGCCGGGCAUGGUGGCCGCCGUGCGCCGCUAUGACCCCUACGAUGCCAUAUACGACAGCGACCGCUACGAUGACCACGAGCCCCUGCUGAAGCGGCGGCGGGUGGACGGGCUGUCCUUCGAGACCUACGAGUACAGCUUCGCCAACCCACGGACAGUGGAGUACCGGCUGCUGGAGGAGGAGAACAUCAUGCUGCGGAAGCGCGUGGAGGACCUCAAGAAGCAGGUGAACAACUUGAUGGCGACCAACGAGGUGCUGUUGGAGCAGAACGCCCAGUUCCGCAACCAGGCCAAGGUGAUGACGCUGAGCUCCACCGCCACGGCCACCGAGCAGACUCUGGCCCCCACCGUGGGCACCGUCACCAAUUACAACCACAGCAUCGCGCAGACCCACACCACGCUCAGCAGCCAGGCCUUGCAGCCCCGGCCCGUCUCCCAGCAGGAUUUAGUAGCGCCUGCCGGCGCCCAGGCAGCACCCCCGGCCAAUGCCGCUCCCCCCAUGAACCCCGAAAUCACCCCGCUCUCGGCCGCCCUGGCACAGACCAUUGCCCAGGGCAUGGCUCCCCCGGUCUCCAUGGCCCCGGUGGCCGUCUCGGUGGCUCCGGUGGCCGUGUCCAUGGCGCAGCCGCUGGGAGGCAUCACCAUGAGCCACGCCACCACCCCGAUGGUGACGUACCCCAUCGCCUCGCAGAGCAUGCGGAUAACGGCCAUGCCGCACUGACGGCCCCCCCGUGCCCCCACCUUCGCCCCCACCUUCGGGGGCUGAGCCAUGCGGAACUGAGGAACCCUCGGGACCUUCGUAUCCAGGCUGGGGCUGGAGGAAGGGGCAUCUCCUCGCCCCCUGGCACAGAAAAACCUUGAGCCGUGUGGGGGUGUUUGUGUGGCAGUGGAUUCAGGGAUGAGGGAUGAAUGGUGCGGGGGUGCCUGCUGCCCCCACCCUCUCUGUAGCCCCUGGAAUGGGACAG